AUGUCCAGGUCUACGGAGUCGAAGCACAAAACACGCCCGCUGCGGUUUCACAGGUCAAUUUUACAAGCCCGGAGCUGUCCAUCGCUGAUGCGAGAGACAGCUGCCAGCCAGCCCAGCUCCCUCACAGGUGCCAGCGCGCCCUGCACCAACAUGGCAUCGGCCCCGGAGGACUUCAACACGACAGGGAACGAGAUGCUUGAUGUCAACUCGGCCCUGGCACGGGGGACGUCUGCUUUGGACAAGGAGGAGGAGGAGAAGAAGAGCAGUGCCCUGGCUCAGGUCCAGGUCCAGGAGCCGCCUGAGCGCAUCGAAUGGGCUCCUUUGAAGGUCCUUCUGCAAGCGCGACGCCAGGCUGAGCUGCGCCUGGCAGAGCAGCGCUGCGCCGCGGCCUUCUUGCUGCUGGAGGCGGGCCAUUCGUGCCUCUUCUAUGCUCAGAUAGGCUUUUGUUUGUGGCUGUUCCUUUUGCACUUGCACAUGUAG